AUAUAUUCUCUUACACCGUCUUGGUUACUGUCUAUAUGCUAAGGCCUAACUAAUUAACUAGUAGGAUUUGUUACGUUGCCAAAACUUAUAAAAGAGUACGUAGUCAGUACUUGCUGAUUUGUGCUAGGGAAAUGGGUUUUCUAGAUCAUCUUUCUGAGCUCUGUGAAUUCCAUCGAGGCACUAGCAGAAGGAAGCUCAGCAAACUUAGGAGAAAUCAACUUGAGACAGUUGAAAUAAGAGUGAAAAUGGACUGCGAAGGGUGCGAAAGGAGGGUGAGGAAGUCGGUAGAAGGGAUGCGAGGGGUGACGAAAGUAGAAGUGGAGCCAAAGAAGCACAAGCUGACAGUUAUUGGUUAUGUUGAUCCAGAUAAAGUAUUGCGACGAGUAAGACAUCGUACGGGAAAGAAGGCUGAAUUUUGGCCAUACGUUCCUUACGAUCUGGUGGAUCAUCCUUACGUGCGGGGCGUGUAUGAUAAGAAGGCUCCGGCAGGAUACGUCCGCAACGUCUAUGAUAACCCGCAGGCUUCGAACCUGGCGAGGGCGAGUUCUACUGAAGUCAACUAUAUUACUGCCUUUAGUGAUGAAAAUCCUCAAGCGUGCAUGGUUAUGUGAGAGAGAUCAAUUGAGCAAAAGGAGGUAAAAAAACUAGUGAUUAUAUACCUUCUUACUGUAGUCUGUAGAGUAGGGACUUUUAUGGAUUUUAAGCCCCGUAGCUGCAGGUGAUGCGUGCAAUAAAUUAACUAGUUGAUGUAACUUGUAUGGUUGUUAAUUAAGGUUUUUACUUAUUUUGUAGUAUGUUAAAUAUUAUGACAGUUGUAUAUAUCAGUCUGAUUUCAUGUGUAUUGA